UCUGUUCACGUUGCCUGUGUCGGUAUGUAUAUAAAACAUUAUAGAUAAUACCGUAUCCUUUUGGAUGACCAAAGCUUAAGACUGGGAUAUACAUUGCAGUUCUUUCCAAAGACAUCGGAUAUUCCUAAACAUUCCGAAAGGAUAACUGGGCCUUAAGUGCAGUGAGAGGUCCCGAGGAACUGCCAUGAGCACAAUCCAUUUUAUCACUGCAGCAGUCUUGAUAUAUUCCCUGGUAUCCGUGAAAGGUCAAACAGAAGGGGAAGGAUGUGCUGUAUGUGAUGAUAAUGCUAACUGUACAGUGACUGAGAAUGGCUCUGUUAACUGUACUUGUAAUCCUGAUUACCAAGGGGAUGGGCUGAAGGGUGACAACCACACAGGCUGCAAUCUAGUUCUUGCAGAGGGACAUGGAUGCUCUUUUGCAUAUUUGAUAUGUGAUGGAAAUGCAGAAUGUACAGAGAAUGAGAAUGGCUCUGCUAUCUGUACUUGUAAGCCUGAUUACCAGGGGGAUGGAAUGAAGGGGGACAACCACACAGGCUGCAGGCUUCCUGAAGACCACCAUCCCUGUACGAACGAGACAGCAGCAGAGGAAUGUCACUCGUAUGCUGUCUGUUCUGACGGUGGAUACUGUGAAUGCAAGUCUGGAUACCAGGGAGACGGCAAAAACGACUGUAAAGAUAUUAAUGAAUGUGUUACUUUAAAUCCAUGCCAUAAAAACGCUAAUUGUCAGAACCAGCUCGGAACAUUCCAAUGUGUCUGUAAAGCAGGUUACCGAGGCGACGGCUACAACUGCACAUAUUACUGUAAACAAGAUGAGAACUGUCACAAUGAUGCUGUAUGUGUGGACUCGGAGUGUGUGUGUAAAGGUGGCUUCUCAGGAAAUGGCUCCUACUGCACAGAUAUCAAUGAGUGUGACUUGAAAACUUACACGUGUGACCCAAAUGCUGAAUGUGAAAACACAGUGGGCAGUUACUUAUGUAUUUGUAAUCCUGGAUAUACUGGUAGUGGGAAAACGUGCAUAGAAAUGCCCAAGAACUGUGAUGAAAUCUUUCAACGGAAUAAGAAUGCCAAGGAUGGAGUAUAUAAAAUCGACGCAGAUUUCACUGGUUCUUUAGUGGAAUUUGAGGUUUACUGUGAUAUGCGUGUAGAUAUAGGAAUCACCAUUAUGAACACUACCACCCCUACUGCACAAAUUACCCAAGGUAAACCAGAAGUCAAUAUCACCUACAACGCCACCCAUUCUCAGAUCACCAAAGUCAUCGAGACCUCCCAGUUCUGUUACCAGUACAUGGGAACUACAUGCAAGAACAAAGCUAAAACCUUGGAUGGCAAUAAUCACUGGGUAGAUGGCCAAGGAAAUCAACACAAAACAUGGGGAGGAGCUACUUUUGAGGGCAAGUGUUCAUGUGGCCAGUUACGUUACUGUGAAACAAGAGAAGCUAACUGUAACUGUGAUGGCACUCGAUCUGGCGUCAAGGACGAAGGGAAAAUACUGAACAAGGCACUACUGCCCAUACAAGGGGUUCACUUUGAUCUGGAUUCUUCAACUCAGAAAAUGGACGUAGAAAUAGGGCAUGUGAUAUGCGGACCCAAACCAUUUGAUUUUCCAAUUGACUGUGAUGAUGCCAAGUUUAAUAAACUUUAUGAGGUGAAGACGGAUGGAUCUCAGAUCAUUGAUAUUGAUGGCCCGGAUGGCCCUGCAGUCCCCGUCUUGGUACACUGUGACAUGGAAUCCUACCCGCACGUAGGGAUCACAGUCAUCCCACACGACAAUUAUGACCCAGUGACACCCACUUCCCCGGGAGAACACAGCCUGACCUACGUAAUAGACAAACCUUCCAUCCUGAAGAUCAUUGAGGAGUCGCCGUUCUGUAGACAGGAUGUGGAGUACAGCUGUACAGAUUCUAGAUUAAUGAAUGGUGGUGACAAGAAAGGCUAUUUCACUGACAUGAAUGGUAAUGUAAAGGACUACUGGCCGGGCGGGAUGGGGGUUGCUGGAAUGUGUGGAUGUGGUGUGACCAAAUCAUGUGCAGUACCAGAGAAAAAUUGUAAUUGUGACAUUUUGGAUGGAACACCCAGGAAAGACAUUGGUACAGUCACCUCACCAGAGGAUCUACCCAUCGGGUCAGUGACCUUCCAAGACAUUGGGGACAACAAGACCGGACAGUUCUACGUAGCUGCUCUCAAGUGUAGUCGACAGGAGUUUGGCUUUGAGGUAAACUGUCAAGGCUACCUCAAUCAAGGUCAGAACUACAGUUACACCUACAUCAUAGACGUGGAUGGCCCUGCUCCAAGAGACAACUCAGACCCCACCAAUGUGGAUCCCUUCCCUGUGGAGUGUCAGAUGCAGGUGGAACCCCCACUCGGAACUACUAUCGUCCACCACGAGCAGGAGUCUGAGCAAACUAUAAUUGGAGGAAGUAUAGCUUUCAAGUAUCGCUAUGCCACUGAAGAACAACUCAUUAAGCUACGAAAACGAUCUGUGUAUUGCUCACAGACCGUUGUCCAUACAUGCAUAAAAUCACCAGUGUUUGCACAAGAUGGAUCAGCCAUUGCUUACUGGGAAGAUAUGAGUGGUACUAAGCAUUAUUAUUACACUGGUAAGGAGGGGGAGGGAUGUUCAUGUGGUCUUGUGACCAAGGACUGUGCUGGAGGUUUUGACGCAAAAUGUCAUUGUGACAUGAAUGAUGAUACCCUCAGGAACGAUACAGGAACUUUAAUUAACAAAGAGCAUCUUCCCGUCAAGAACAUGGUCUUCAGUCUCAGUGGAACCUCAACUGUUGACAUUGGGCCACUUAAAUGCUUAGAGGUGUUCCCUACAUGCUCUGAUCUGUACUUCUUCAUGACGAGCAAGCGCUUUAAAAACGAGAAGAUGGUGAAGAGUAAUCGUGACUACACAGUGGAUCCAGACGGGCCAGGAGGGGUGGACCCUUUUACCGUUAGCUGUCAGUUUCCAAUGACUGUUGUAAAAAUUGGUCCAGGUUACUUCAACUAUACAUUUGGCAAACCUGGAGAUUCACCUGUCACCAAAUGUUACACUGUAGACUACCAGCCAAACAUAUCAGCUGCUCAGAUACAGGCUAUAGUUGAUAGAUCUAGCCAUUGUACACAACACCUGAGGUACACCUGUACAAAUGCUCCCAAAACAGACAAAGUUACCUACAGUACCUGUAAUGGAAAGGUCCAACCAGGUUGGGGUGGAUCAGGAGGUAUGGAAAUGUGUGCCUGUGGAACCAGUGGAACAUGUGAGGGAUCAAAAGGGGCCAAGUGCAACUGUGAUAUAGAAGAUGGACAGGGCCGGGGUGACGAUGGGUGGAUCUACGACAAGGCCCGCCUCCCUGUCUGCAGAGUUUGUAUGACACUGGACCCCACCAAUGUAACAUUCUCCCAUCGGACAGCUGCCUAUGUGGUAUCCAACCUUCACUGUAACAGCGGACCUAUUGGAAUGUAUGGUUCAUGCCAGGCAAGAAGGAACUCAGGGGAGUUAAAGAACGUGACCACCUAUGUAGAUCCUGAUGGCCUGUGGUCUGGACAGGCCGGGUUUCCAGUCUACUGUUCCUAUAUUCCGUAUCCACCUGUUGGGUUCACAGAAAUUCGAGCCAAGGAACCAGAGAUGAUAAUAGAAUUCAUUCCAGGGGACAUUGAGAUUUUAUACUACGUGUUCAACAUCACUCUGGUUCAUAGUCUUGUUCAGAAGUCUGUGUACUGUGAACAAGCACUCUACGUUCUCUGUAACGGAGCACCAGAACCAAGCGAGGAAGCUGGCCGCAAAAUGACCGACUGGGAAGCACAAGCUGAAGGAGGAGGAAUCCAAUGUAAGGCAGGCAAAUGUACCUGUACUCAUCAAGGUACGGAGGUUUAUGGAGGGAUUAUCGCUGUUCAGACCCUCCUCCCAGUUACUAAGAUCAACCUACCUCAAUCCACCCAGCAGAGAAGACUCGUCACGGGAGCCAUGAAGUGUUAUGAUGUGUAUCCUGAUUGUCAUGCAAUUAAGGUGGCCCGAAUGAACAAGAAUCCAGUAGGAAAUAACAUAUAUGCAAUUGACCCAGAUGGUGCAGGAGGAGAAAACCUUUUUUCAGCUUUCUGUGACUUCCAAACGAAUAAAAAGAUCGGCAUUACUGAGAUUCCCAUACAAAAACCAGGUGAGCCAUAUAAAAUAACUUUCACCGGAAAGCCAGAUCCAGAACAAAACAAAUAUUCCGUCCCAUAUCCUGAUGCCACACCGGAACAAAUUCAUCAGCUGACCACCAGGUCUUCCUUCUGUCAUCAGGGAAUUCAGUAUGAAUGUGUAGAGAGCCCACUUAACCCUGACUUUGGGUACUAUGAUGUGUACAAUGGCACCAGGGUGUUCAGUUUUGGUACGGGAUAUGCUUCGACCACGGAGGGCUGUGCCUGCACACUGACUAAGACCUGUCCGGAGGGAAAUCUGUGUCACUGUGAUGCCAAAGGUAGUAUGGUUUCAUAUGAUGUUGGAGAGGUGACAGAUGGAAGCAUUAUGCCGGUGACGGAGCUGAGUUUUGGUGGCCAGGUCACUAGCACUGCCAAGGCUACAGCCACUCUCACUAACGUCAGGUGUGGUCCUCCCGGGGAGACAUUCGAUUUGCCUAUGAAUUGUGAGGAUGCCUAUAAGAAAGGAUACAAGACUGGAGAAGUCAUGAUCUGGCCGACUGCCACCAUCAAACCAUUCUUUGUAUACUGUGAUAUGGAGAUUGUACCUAACCAUGGUGUGACAAUCAUCGGAAAUGACAGAGAAGAGCCUACCCCUGUGGAUGGUACUGAGGUUGUCACGGUAACCUACAACAAUGUCACAGAGACUCAGGUGGAGUCUGUGGUCCAGGUCUCUUCCUUCUGCUUCCAGCCAGUCAAGUAUGACUGCUUCAACACCCUGUUCAUUGGAAGCAAUUUGUUUUCCUGGUUUGGGGGCAAUAUUCAGGAUAACAGAUUCCUUGGUACUGGUGGAGAUGGGCAGUGUUCCUGUGCUACGUCUCAGCAGUGUGGAGGAAAUGUCAGCGAGGCAGUCCUUAGAAGUCGGAAGUGUAACUGUGACGCAGCAGAGCUCCAGUGGCGCCGUGACGGUGGAGUGAUCAAUAGCACCAGUAAACUCCCCAUAAAGACCCUCAACUUCCAGGACAGUGAGCGAGACGGUGCCAAGGGCGUCAUUACCCUCGGAAAAAUCUACUGCUCAAAUGUUGACUUUGAUCUGAAUGAAUGUAAGAUGGACUUUGAUGAUUGUGACCCCAAUGCUGUAUGCAUCAACAAGUAUGGAUCAUUUGGUUGUAAAUGUAAAGCUGGUUACAAUGGUUAUCCAGAACAACCCGGUCAGUGGGCAAAUGGACGCAACUGUUUUGAUGAUGAUGAAUGUGCUCUUCUGAGAUGUCCUCAUUCAGCAAUUUGUACAAACACUAUUGGUUCCUUUACCUGUGUCUGUAAGCCUGGUUACCUCCAGACAUCCCCCACCACUUGUCAGGACAUCAAUGAAUGUUCAGACCCCAGUCUCAACGACUGUGACCCCAACGCUAAAUGUUACAAUUUGGAGGGAACUUUUGAGUGCCGCUGUAAGCGUGGAUUCAGAGGAGAUGGGAGAAGUUGUGAAUCCGUCGGUCUGUGUUCCUGCUUUGGGGAUCCUCACUGUAUCUCCUUUGAUCAGAAGUGGUUGCACUUCCAGGGAGAUUGUCAAUACAUCAUGUCUAAGGAUGGAUGUCAUGGUACCACCCCAACAUACCAAGUCCUGACCACCCACUGGAACCAGGACCGCCCCAACACAAAGCAUGUGUCCUGGGUCAAAUCUGUCACUGUCAUACUGCCAGGAUAUACAGUGGAGCUGUUGCAGAACCAUGAAGUGCGAGUAAAUCAGCUAAAGAGAACCCCGCCCUAUAAACAGGAAGGCCGAUUACUCAUCAGAAGAUUUGGAAACUGGGUGGAGGUGUACAGUGAGUUGGGAGUGCAGGUGAACUGGGAUGGGUUCCAAGCAGUUGAGAUUCAGGUGACUAAGAGCUACCAGAACCAGACCUGUGGCCUGUGUGGGGACUACAAUCAAAAUCCAGAAGACGACUGGAGGCUGGGACCAGAGUGUGAUGUCACAGGGGAAAUUACCACAAACUUCAAUAAGUUUGGUAACUCUUAUGUGGUGAAGAAUUAUGUUGACAACAACCCAAAAUGUAAUUAUGACUGUCUUACCCCACCUGAGGAACCGGAGUGUAAGAAGACAGACAAAGAAAUAGCAGAGUACUACUGUAAUCAAGUGUUUGACCUCAAUGGGAAACUGAGGUCGUGUCUGACUAGGAUGGAACCAGCUGACUUGGAGCAGUACAGGACUUCUUGCGUAUAUGAUGUAUGCUGGGUUAGUGACAACAUCUGUAAGAUUGCCAGUCAGAUGGUCAAGGAUUGUCAGAACAAUUACGGCCUGAACCUUACAGACUGGCGUUCUCCUAAACUUUGUGAUCCAACUUGUGAAGAAAACAUGGAGUAUCUGCCCUGUGCUAAGUCUGAUCGCAUGAAGACCUGUGCGGUGGUGAUGGGGACGUCAGUAUCGCUGCCUACCCAGGAUCUGUGUCAGGAGGGAUGUUACUGUAAGGAGGGAAUGGUGCUAGAUGGGGACCGAUGUGUUGAUGAGAAAGACUGUGGCUGUAACUACAAAGGGGAAUACUACACGGCAGGACAGGCACUGGUUCCCGAGGGCUGUACAGUUAGCAUGGUGUGUAAUGAGAACACCAAGAAGUUCGACUCCAACCCAUUGAAAUGUCACACAGACGCCACCUGUAAAUACAAAGACGGUAUCUAUGGCUGCCACUGUAACUACAUGUAUCGGGGAGAUGGACAGAACUGCACAUAUGACCCGUGUGGUAACGAGCCUUGUGGUGACGAUCAGACCUGUGUGGUUACGAGUACGGGUUUUGUGUGCGAGUGCAAGAUGGGCUACCAAGGGGACUGUAACAACUGUGAAGAUAUUGAUGAGUGCGCGACAAAAACACACGAAUGUCCAGACAAUUCCCGCUGUAUCAACACACCCGGAUCCUAUCGAUGUGACUGCUGGUCGGGGUUCACUAAGAUAGGAGAAGUAUGUGAAGAUAUAGAUGAGUGUGAAAUCUCUAGCCUGAAUAAGUGUAACUCCUCCACUAAAUGUUUUAACCGCCCAGGAGGUUACCACUGUGAGCCCUGUGACGAUGCAUCUGAUGUGAAAUGUUGUGCUUGUUUUGGUUAUCGAUGCAAGAAACCAGGAAAAGUUUGUGGAACGGAUGGCAAGACGUACAAUUCGGAGAAAGAUCUUAUUGUUGAGGCUUGUGAAACAGGAAAAACUGGAUAUAGUGGACUCAGAGUGGACUAUAAAGGACCCUGUAUAGACGCCUGUCAGGACCAAUGUCCUGUGUGGCAGAGGUGCCGUCUGGACGAUAACGGAAAGCCGACCUGUGAAUGUGAUGAGUGUGCUCCUGAGGAAUCACAGCCCGAGAGUCCAAAAGUCUGCAGCAACAUGUUGGAUCUCUACCCCAAUAUGUGUGUGUUUAAGAAGGUUAUGUGUUUGCUGGACUUGGAACAUGUGCCACUGAAUAUAACAACACCAUGUGAUGACAAAUCAGGAGAGCCAGUGACAUCAGAGUGGAGCCCGUGGAGCACUUGUAGUGUCAGCUGUGGGGUGGGAGACCAGAAAAGGACCCGUACACCAAACCGCAAUUUUGAUGCCUUCCUAGCAGACAAAUAUCCCCUGGUGGAUGUCAAGAAGUGUUACAAAGAUCCGUGUCCUGAUGGUCCUUGCUACGACUUCAACUGUACUGUGUCAUCGGAGGAGUGUGUGGUGAUUGCAGACACUGCAAAAUGUGAAUGUCCCGAGUGUAGCGGCCUAGAAGAGGACAGUGUGUGUGCAAGGGUGGGAACGGAGAAAAUUACUUACAAGAACCCGUGUGAGGCCCAAAGAGAGGCUUGUAACCAGAGUCUACCCCUGGAGAUCCUCAACGUGGGAGAAUGUGGAGUGGAGCCUCUAAACUGUACAAGAAUGCCCCACCUGAUUUCAAUAACAAGUGAUGAUGGAUGUGUCUCCAGCACCAAGAUUAACAUCGCAAAGUGUGAUGGUGGCUGUGGAAAAUAUUCCACCUUGUGUUGUGACAAGGCUGUUACCAGCAAGGAGGAUGUGGCACUCAUUUGUAAAGAUAAUAGCAUCAAGCAUCAACUGGUGGAUGUCAUAGAAGAAUGCAAAUGUAAGCCAGCUCCCAAACCUGCACCGUGAAUACUUAAUACAAAGGCGGAUCAUUUCAUUUCUACGUCGUGAAACUUUCAUUUUUAAGAUUGUUUACUAAAACUAUGCAAAUGAUAAAUACAUCUCGCAUGUAAUUCAGUUUACUCAAACAUCCAUGUCUCUGUUUAUAUACAAAGUAGUUCUUUUUGUUUCAGUUAUGAAAUACCAUGUACAUCUAGCAAUUUUUUCAUAGAUACCUUAAAUUUUAAAGUUGCUGAAUGCAACAGUUUAUGGUAAUUGAAUCAAGAGAAAUUCAAUGGUUUGUUUUAACAGAUAUAUUAUUUUUCUUGAGACAUUUUGGUUUGAAGAUACAUGCUCGUAAAACAAAACAAAUCAGUAAAAUAAUGAGUUCAAGAAGUAUACAGUGCUUUUUGGUCUUAUUCUGUAUGAUCAUGAUACUUUUGUAAUUUGCUGCCUAUAUACUUGCAUUAUCAGUCAUUUAGGGGAUUUAGUGAGAAAGCAUGUAAUUCUAAAACCUUUUGAAGAGUUUAAAUGAACAUAGGAUUUCCAAAUUAAUUGGAGGUCAAGAAAUGAAGUUAGGAUGCAGGGUUUGUUCGUUUGGUUUGUAUUUUAUUUUAUUUUUUAAUGAUUUCAAAUAUAGUAUGUUUAUAAAAGUGAAUAAUAUUAAGUUUGGAGAUCUGUAAAACAAAUUUUUUUAUUUCUCUUGAAACACAUUUCCUGCUUCCCCUCUCUAUGUCUCAGAAUUUAGAUAAGUUCAGGCAAUAGAAAUACACUGUGGUGGUUAAAUGCACUAGUACUUAAUAAUUUGUUGACAAAAACUUCAGAGGCAACUAAAUUUUUUCUUUGUGGUAGAUGAUAUCACUUUAAUAUAUAUUACAUUCCUCAUCGAAUCUGCUUUUACAGAAUAACUACACCUUGUAAUGCUCAUUUUCAGAGAGCAAAACUAUCAAUUUGGUAUUUUAAUUAUCACUGAUUUGAAAAGAUUUUAAAGAGACAUUUUAUCCUGUGAAACUUGUUAUAUUACUUGACAUUUAGUUACAUGAACAUCAAAUAAAAUUAGAUGUGUA